AUGACUUUCCAAGUCCACGUCGCCAUCAUCGGCGCCGGUCUCGCCGGCCUGGGAAUGGCACUUGCCCUGCACGCACACUCAAUCGAGUGCACGGUAUACGAACAGGCCGCUUCGACCGGGGGCCGCUUCGCCGGCGCGGUCAUGCUGUCGCCCAACAGCCUACGCAUCCUCGACAGAUACGGCGUAUAUACCCAGCUGCGUGAGCAAGGGUACAAUUUCUCGGCCGUCGAGAUCAGGGACGCGGAAGGCGAGCCGAAAGACAGUGGUUUCUACUUGGGGUCUCGUGAGCUGUUUGGGUAUGACGCGCUGAGGGUGUAUCGUAACGCGAUUCUCAAGGUGCUUUCAACGGCGUGCGCCGAGAGGCACAUCGAAGUUGUCUACGGCAAGAAAUUCUCCGAGAUCCUCCUGUCCGAGGACGAGGAUGAGCAGGAGGAUGAGCAGGAGGAUGAGCAGGAGGAGGAGGAGGAGGAGGAUGAUGAUGAUGAUGGAGUGCACUUCAAAUUCCAAGACGGGACCACGGCUCACGCGGACAUCCUCGUCGCUGCAGAUGGGAUACACAGCAAAAUCCGGACAGUGCUCUUUCCGCAGUCCAGGCCUGAAUAUAACGGCGUCCUCGUGGUCUGUGGCGCCGUGAAAGCAUCGUCCCUGAAUGGUGCUGGCGCUGGAGGAGCGGACCGAAAUGAUAGGCUCGACACUGUCGCCAUGCUCGAAGGCCGCAACGGCGCAGGCGCCUUCCUCCUGGGCCCGCAGCUCCCUGACGCCAGUAAGCUUCUAGCAGGCACACAGCGUGCCUUUCCACCCCAGACGCGCGAAGAAUGGGCCCGCCUCUCCGCAGAUCGAGACUUUCACCUCGACUUCCUCCGCGAGGGUUACGAGAACCGAGUACCCAUCGUCCAGCGUGCGGUGGAUAAUAUCGUGCCGGGAAGCACGUAUAUCUGGCCGUUGCAGACUUUGCCCAAGCUGGAGAGAUGGUGGUCUUCUUCUAGCAAGAAUCUCGACGGCCGCAACGGCGAGGGAGGCGGAACCGCCGACGGCAGCGGAGGAGGUGGGAGGGUAAUUCUGAUAGGAGACGCAGCGCACGCGAUGCCGCCCACGAGCGGCCAGGGCGCGAACCAGGCUUUUGAAGACGGCUGGACGCUCGCCCGCGUCCUCAAAGCCGUGUUCACGUUCAACAACGUCGGCGGUCAUGCUGGAAGCGUUGUCAGGGGCUCAAAGGAGGUGAAGAGUAGCAUCGAAGUCGACGAGAGACUAAGGAAAUCCUUGCAGAAAUGGCGCGCGCGCAGACAAGAUCGGAUCGACCGGAUCCUCAAGCUGACGCAGCAGAUGCACAAUCUGCGGUUACCGAUUGAAGAACAGCGGAAGUUGAAGGAUGGCGAUAUAUACAGAUCUCUCCCGGGGUUCCCGCAGGCUCGGGCUGGGCAUGAGCAUGAGCAUGAGCAUGAUGGGGUCGAGGAUGACGAGGAGGCCUACUUUAAGAUGGCCGUCCUUGAGCAGUGGGCAUGGCUGUAUUGUCCGGAUGAUCUUGUCGAGGACUUUCAAGGUAAGACCGACUGCGAUGACAAUGCCGAGGGCGGACUGUGA